AUGAGGACGUGGCACUCUGAUGGAAACCAAAGAGGGUUGAGGCAGCUGACGUUACCAGUGCUCAAUGAUAAGGAUUGUGUUCGGUCGUCAAAGCAGCUUUUUGACAGCUUGGCGAAGUUUUGUCCGCGAGUAGAGUACGUUGACGGGUAUAAGGUAACGCUUAACGAUAUGAACGAAUGGAUUUGUCAAGACACGUGGCUAAUUACAUUGAAUCAGUGGGAACAGUUCAACGCUGCAUGUACGGAGUUGCGUGAGUUCCAUUGGGCAGUCGUGCCAUUCGCCGACCCGUACUUUCGAGUGUUUGGUGAGCACACCAAGCCGCACCUGACGAAGCUCACGUUUGCUGUCAAUACGUUCUGGGAUUGGCAAGCAUAUUUUCACGUUGUGGAUGAAGCUGCUGAGCUCGAUAUGCUCUCGUCACGAAACGAUGGGAUCCGAUUAAAUGAUGCUGUUGCAGACACGUUGUCUUAUGGACAUCAGCAAAACUUUUCAACGCGACCAGGUUACGGAUGUAGAGCAUCAGAUGUCAGCAGUGCUCUUAAGGGCUGCCCAUCGUUGAGUGUCUUGCAAAUUGCAUUGUCUCCAUCUGGUGGUCUUGACGAAAUGGUGUACAAUGAUCCAUACGGUGAUGACGAUACCGCUGACAUGGAGCAUGCUGUCCACAAUAUUGACAUUUACGACGACGAAUUUUGUGCGGCGCUUGUAAAGUAUUGUCCGUUGCUGACAAGCCUUUCGAUCAUGGGGUCUGAGGACGGAUUAGAUGGCCACGUCACUCCAAUUCGAACAUUUACAGACCAAGGUCUCGUGGCUCUUGCAAAAUUGAAGUAUUUGACCAUGCUGCAGCUACGUGCGAUUAACUGCACAGGUAAUGGUGUUUUCCAGUUUCUUGAUCGUCUGUCGGAUCAAUUUGUGGGACAGCAAACGUUCCAGGUCUGCAUUGGUGCGUACUCUAUCGAAUCUAGGCUUGCUUUUUACAACGCGCUUCUGGAAUUGUUGAUGCAGUUAAAAGCAAGAAAUGCAGCAGAACUUGCGUGGGAAAAUCGCGAGUUUGUCCUUCGCUUGAUGAACUGCAACUUGGAAUCGGUCGAACCUGGUUGGAGCGAGCAGUAUCUCUGUGAUCUUGAACGGGCGUUGACGAGUGUGAAAGAGUUACAUCCGAAUCUACGCUUCCGUGUCACCACUUCUGGGCGCCGGGGCCAACCUUUCGAAAGCAUUACGGAAUUCGGGCUGUAUACAGCAAAUGCUAAUCCUAGCCCCUGGUACGGGUGGGAUGCCGGAGAGCGGGACAGCAACGCUUCGUUCGUGAAUCGCGAUGAAGCGACAUCAGGCUUCGGUAGAGGUCUAGACCGACUACCUCUUGGGCUGCGGCAUCCUGAGCUGCUAGACCCGGACUCUCUACCCAUCGAUUAUGAGCUUCCAGAUGACUAUUUUGAUGACUACGGUGGCUUUGGCGACUACAGCGAUUAUGGCGACCAUGACGAUUAUGACGACUAUGAGAACGGUUACUUCAAUGAGGAGAACGAUGGGUACUACGAUGGAAACGCAGACGAGUUUUGGUUAUAA